AGCCGCGCUGCGAAGCCCGAGCGCGGGCGCGGCCCGCGAGCGCGCGCGCGCCUUUCCGGGGGGCUCGGCCGGCUCCCCUGGAAAAGUCGUUAAGCCUUUACCGACUGGCGCCAUGUCGUACGUGUACGGCCGGGCGCCCCAGAGCAGCCUGUACAAGUCCUGCGCUGACACGGUGCCCCCGUCGCUGAAGCCCGGGCAGAGCUCGCUCCACCGCCAAGAGCUCUGGGGCGAGAUGGCCCUCAGCGCGCGCGGUGGCGACCGCCGCCGGCCGGCGAUGGGCGCGACGUCGGAGUACCUGGCGGCGGUCGUGGCCCCGAGCCGCUCGGCCGAGCACCACGAGGCGCGCGUGGAGCAGCCCCUGGCCGGGCGGCGGGGCAGGGCCGGCAGCGGCGGGCAGGGCGAGGUGCGGCCCAGCGGCGGCGCCUCGCACUGGCAGUCCGAGCGCGCCGCUCGGGCACGCGCGAAGACUCCCUUCAAGAAGGUGUCCUUCGGCAGCGACUCCUCGGAGGAGGAAGACCACCCCACGCCAGAGACAUCGGAGAAAACCGAGGUCGAGCUUGUCCUGGAGCUCCUGGGGGAGCGCAGGCCCCUGAAGGACGUAGAGAAGGCCCCCGUAUCUUGA